GCGGGGAACUCACUGGGUCGGGUCGGGUCGGGGCUGAGGUUCUUGUGGGGGGGGGGGCUCCAGAUUCGAGGUUGGGUCAAAACCCAGGCAGGCGGGAGCAGGCGCAGCCAUGAGGCGGGACGUGCGCAUCCUGCUGCUGGGUGAGGCUCAGGUGGGGAAGACAUCGCUGAUCCUGUCACUGGUGGGCGAGGAGUUCCCGGAGGAGGUCCCAGCCCGCGCAGAGGAGAUCACCAUCCCUGCCGAUGUCACCCCGGAGAAGGUGCCCACCCACAUUGUGGAUUACUCAGAAUCCGAGCAGACCGAUGAGGAGCUCCAGGAUGAGAUCCACAAGGCAAACGUGGUAUGUGUUGUAUAUGACACGUCCAAGGAGGCUACUAUUGAGAAGAUCCGAACCAAAUGGAUCCCGCUGGUGAAUGGCAGAACUGGAAGUGGGCCCAGGGUGCCCAUCAUUCUGGUGGGCAACAAGUCAGACCUGCGGCCAGGAAGCAGCAUGGAGGCUGUGCUGCCCAUCAUGAGCCAGUUUCCUGAGAUAGAGACCUGUGUGGAGUGUUCAGCCAAGCACCUGAGGAACAUCUCAGAGUUGUUCUACUAUGCCCAGAAGGCUGUUCUGCACCCCACACCCCCCCUCUAUGACUCUGAGACAAAGCAGCUGAGGCCCAAGUGUGCCCAGGCCCUUACACGCAUCUUCAGGCUCUCGGAUCAGGACCUGGACAACUCGCUUAGUGAUGAGGAGCUCAAUGCUUUCCAGAAGUCCUGCUUUGGCCACCCCUUGGCCCCACAGGCCUUGGAGGAUGUAAAGAGGGUGGUAUGCAAGAAUGUGCCAGGUGGCGUGCAGGAUGACCGGCUGACGCUGGAUGGUUUCCUCUUCCUGAACACACUCUUCAUCCAGCGUGGCCGGCAUGAGACCACAUGGGCCAUCCUACGGCGCUUUGGCUACAGUGACAUGUUGGAGCUGACCACUGACUACCUCUUCCCACCGCUCCACGUGCCCCCUGGCUGUACCACUGAACUUAACCACCAUGGCUACCAGUUUGUGCAACAAGUGUUUGAGAAGCAUGACCAGGACUGUGAUGGUGCCCUCUCGAGGGAGGAGCUGCAAAACCUCUUCAGCGUGUUCCCAGUGGCCCCCUGGGGUCCUGAGCUUCCUUACACUGUUCGCACCAAUGCAGGCCGGCUUCCUCUGCAUGGGUACCUCUGCCAGUGGACCCUGGUGACCUACUUGGAUGUCCAGCGCUCCCUCGAACAUCUUGGCUACCUGGGGUACCCCACCCUGUGUGAGCAGAACUCACAGGUUCAGGCCAUCACAGUCACCCGUGAGAAGAGGCUGGACCAAGAGAAGGGGCAAACACAGCGGAAUGUCCUCAUGUGCAAGGUGGUGGGGGCCCAAGGAGUGGGCAAGUCCUCCUUCCUGCAGGCCUUCCUUGGCCACAGCCUGGGGCACCAGGAUACCAAGCCAUUCCCCCAGGGAUCUCCUGUCUACGCCAUUGACACAGUACAGGUCAACGGGCAAGAGAAAUACCUGAUUCUGUGUGAAGUAAGCACAGACAGCCUGCUGGCCACCUUGCCCGAUGCUGCCUGUGACGUUGCUUGCCUGAUGUUCGAUGGCAGUGACCCUACGUCUUUUCUCUACUGUGCCAGCAUCUACAAGCGCCAUUACAUGGACGGCCAGACUCCCUGCCUCUUUGUCUCCUCCAAGGCUGACCUGCCUGAAGGUGUUGUCCCACCAGGCCUGUCACCGGCUGAGUUUUGCCACCGGCACCGGCUGCUCGCCCCAGCCCAGUUCUCCUGCAAAGGCCCAGCCCUGCCAAACACUGACAUCUUUACCCAGCUGGCCACCAUGGCUGCAUUCCCACAUCUGGCUCACACAGAACUGCACCCCACCUCCUUCUGGCUCCGGGGGAUGCUGGUAGCUGUCGGAGCCACUGUGGCAGCAGUUCUCAGUUUCUCACUCUACAAGGUCCUGGUGAAGAGCCGAUGAUGGCCUGGAAACCCUAACACAGCCUGCUAUUGGCGCCUUGGGGUCAGCAUGGCCUGUGUGUUGUGUGUUUUCAGCCCCACAGCAUGUCUGCAGGAACCCUAAAGCACUGGUGUAUGACUACUGCUUGGGGAGCAUCUGUCUUUCUAAACCUUUGCUUCUGAAGACAGGCCACCCCAGGCUGGGCUUUGUUCUGCCAUGCCAUGCCCUCGUUCCUGCUUGGCCUGAUGGUGGGGAGCAAGUGUACUGUCCGUGCAUGGCCUCACCCUUGCAGGUACCUGUAAGUGGGAGACAGGUAAUGGGCGAGGAAGUAGGUGACCAGACCUGGGGUUCUCAGGUCUUCCUGCCUCCUCCUUGGCCUAGGUGGUCAGAGGGUAUGCAGGGGCCAGAGGAGGUGGCCAGAACAGGAAGUGGCUAGACUGAGUGCAGCCCCUACCUUUCUGUCCAGUUAAGAGCCUUGCCCAUGGCCACAUCCACAGCAGAAGACAGAUUGGGUUUCCAAAUUAAACUUCUGUCCUUUCCA